CCCCCAGCUCUCUUCCUUCUCACCGCGACCGACUGUAGACGAGACAGAGGGAAGGGAGAGAAAGAAAGAGGAGGCAGGUUCCAAGUAGCCAGCAUUCGCCUUUUCUUUCUUUUUUUCUUUCUUUCUUUCUUUCCAUUUUCGUUCCCCCACCAGUCCAGUCUCUCCCUGUGAUGGCUGAACAAAUUGCGUGAGGUGCUCGCCGUCAUCAUGUUCUGAAAUCCUCCGUUCCUCUUGCUCCUGAAUUGCAUUCGAACCCUAUCGCUCCCGGCCCCGCACUUUCCGAUGCCAUCUCCGUGAUUCAGUUCCGUUGACCGAUUCGAUCGAUUUCCUGGAGUCCGUCCGUCGUUCCUGCGAUCGCAUUGCCAGGGAUUCUGAUCGCCGUCGAGGCCUCUCUGUUUUCUUUGUAUAUUUUGAAUCGGACGCGCUAGUGGUUUUGGAUACGAUCGGCGGGCACGGCAGCGCCACUGGAUGGCGCUGUUCAGACGGUUCUUCUAUCGGAAGCCGCCUGAUCGCCUCCUCGAGAUAUCCGAGCGCGUCUACGUGUUCGACUGUUGCUUCUCCACUGAUGUUCUGGAAGAAGAUGAAUACAGAGUAUAUAUAGGUGGCAUUGUAGCUCAGCUACAGGACCAUUACCCUGAUGCUUCUUUCAUGGUUUUUAACUUCAGAGAAGGGGAAAAGAGAAGCCAAAUUUCGGACAUAUUAUCUCAAUAUGACAUGACAGUCAUGGAUUACCCUCAGCAACAUGAGGGGUGUCCUCUGUUGCCAUUGGAGAUGAUUCACCACUUCCUACGGUCCAGUGAGAGCUGGUUAUCACUGGCAGAGCAACAAAAUGUACUGUUAAUGCACUGUGAAAGGGGAGGAUGGCCUGUGCUUGCAUUUAUGCUUGCUGGUCUUCUGUUGUACCGGAAACAGUACAGUGGUGAACAAAAGACUCUUGAAAUAGUAUAUAAGCAAGCCCCAAGGGAACUUCUUCAUCUUUUGUCUCCUUUAAAUCCACAACCUUCCCAGCUGAGAUAUCUUCAGUACAUUACCAGACAGAAUCUUGGUUUAGAUUGGCCACCAUCUGACACGCCUUUAGCUUUGGAUUGUAUUGUACUCAGAGCCCUUCCCUUGUUUGAUAGAGUGAGGGGUUGCCGGCCGGUUGUUCGCAUUUAUGGUCAGGAUCCUUCUACCAUGGCCACUAGAAGUUCUAAGCUUCUAUUUUCGACUACCAUGACAAAAAAAAGUGCUGGUCUUUAUUGCCAGGAAGAGUGUGAACUGGUGAAGAUAGAUAUUCAUUUUCACCUUCGUGGGGAUGUUGUUCUUGAGUGUGUCCAUUUGGAAGAUGACCUAUCAACAGAGAAAAUUAUGUUCAGGGUUAUGUUCCACACUGCAUUUGUCCGGUCUAAAGUUUUGUUGUUGAACCGUGAUGAAGUUGAUACUUUGUGGGAUGCAAAGGACCAAUUUCCAAAGGAGUUCAAAGCAGAGGUGCUAUUCUCGGAUGCUGAUGCUGUUCCAUCUGCCACAACCACAGAAGUGGCAAGUGAAGAUGGGAAUGAGAUGGAAAGUGCUUCACCAGAGGAAUUUUUUGAGGUCGAGGAGAUCUUCAGCAGUCCAGUAGAUGGGCAGGAUGGGAAUUCUUAUGCAGUUCAUGAGAAGAGUGAUAAAGUAGUUUGGAACGAGGUCUGGGAACCUAAUGCAAUUCAAAACUUUGCAAAUGAUAGAAAUCACAUACAGGAGGACCGGGUGGAUUCAGAAUCUGCAGUCAAAGCCAUUGCUUUUGAGGACGGAGAUAAAUUAGGUUCCAGAACCAUGAUUACUGAUGUACCCAUUAGUUUACAAACAAAGGUAGUAGCCGCAGAUGUGAAUGGAAAAUUAGAAGAUAUGGACAAUAAGCAAGGCAGAGAAGACUCUGCCAUGCAGAACAACUUAGACAGGCAGGGUCCAGAGCAGCAGUUGAGUGCUGAUAUUGGUAGACAAAAAUCUGAUAAAUCAGUUCCACUCCCUCCAAAGAAACAGCCUAGUUUAAAUGCAAAACCAAUAGCAGAUUUAACUGCUACAAAACAGAAAACGAAAAAGCAAGCCCCCUUAGCAAGAACGGCAAAGCCAACUGCAGUAUCUCGGUGGAUCCCUACUAACAAAGGUUCUUAUACUAAUUCAAUGCAUGUGUGGUAUCCACCCAUGACAAGACAUAACAGUGCACCAUCUGCACUGACCCCGUCAAAGGAUUCUAAUGCUGGUGGCAAGUCAAAGGCUUCUGUUGCUACUGCAGCCUCUGGAGGUGUUCCUGCACGCAAUAGAACUCUUGAUGAAAGCUGUACUGUGGAUAAUGUGAGAAAUAUGGACAGUGAAGCGGUGGAGCAUACUUUGUCACUACCAUCUUUGGACGUGCAACCACUUAGAGAUACUUCCCCUAUCCCUUCAAAUUCAUCACCACUAGAUCCAUGCCCACUUCAGGUUGCCCCCUCUUUGGGUCCUUUGUCUCUCAAUGGGUCUUCAAAUAUCCUUUACUUGGAAGAUCCUAUGGUACUUGCACAAGCAGUAGGAAGGCAAGCAUCUUCACCUCCUGCUGCUCCCCCUCCACCACCUCCACCCCCUUCUUCUAGCUUUCUGUUAUCUACUUUGUCUGAAUCUUCUUUAUCACCUGCUUUGACUGUGCAAAAGCAAGUGAAAUGCGCACCCCCUCCGCCUCCUCCUCCACCUCCACCAUCUACUUGCAGUACAUUGCUUGUAACUUGUCAGCCAGCACCUCCACCUCCCCCUCCCCCUCCGCCUCCACUAUCUAGCAGUGCAGUGUUUGUAACUUAUUGGCCAGUGCAGGUGCCUCCGCCUCCACCUCCUCCUCCUCCUCCUCCUAUACACGUGGGCAUGAGAGAAAUGCAUCAAGAAGCCUCUGCAUCACAUACAGGAACCGUUUCUAGUUACCCAGCCCCUUGUCCUCUACCAUCCCCCCCCAUUCUAAGUGCAUCUUAUGCUUCAAAACCUGCUGGAGUUGGGGUUUCUCCUCUGCCACCUGUGACUCCCUAGUUGUGGGGCUCCCCACCCCCACCACCACCACCACCUCCUCCUGUGCAUGGAGUUCCAUCUUCUUCUCCUCCACUCCCAUCUCCUCCUCGCAUUCCUCCUCCACCUCCAAAUUGUGGAGUUCCCCCGCCUACUCCUCCUCCACCACCACUGCCUCCACUGCAAAGCAUACCGCCUCCUCCAUUGCAUAGAGCACCUCCUCCUCCUCCUCCUCCUCCUCCUCCAUUGCAUAGAGCACCCCCUCCUCCUCCUCCUCCUCCUCCUCUACUACAUAGAGGACCCCCUCCACCACCUCCUCCUCCAAUGCACGGAGCACCACCUCCACCACUGCCUCCAAAUCGAGGAGUUCCACCUCCACCACCACCACCACCUCAAAAUCAAAGAGUUCCAUAUCCACCACCUCCUCCAAGCAACAAAACUCCACCUCCACCAUUACUUGGAGCACCACCUCCCCCUCCUCCUCUAGGGGGCCAUCCACCUGGACCACCUAGGCCUCCAGGAGCACCUAGCCCCCCUCCACCACCUAUAGGAGGACAUACAGGUAUUCCGCCUCCACCUAUGGGAGGAGGACCAACAGGUGGUCCACCUCCACCUCCCGGAAGAGGGCGUGGGCUUGCCCGUGCUGCAGUUCUUGUAGCAGCACCUAGAAGAUCUACCUUAAAGCCACUUCAUUGGAGCAAGGUAACCAGGGUUUUGCAAGGAAGCUUAUGGGAGGAAUUGCAAAGAAAUGGAGAACCUCAGAGUGCGCCAGAAUUUGAUGUGUCAGAAAUUGAGAGUCUUUUCUCCGCCACAGUCCCAAAACCUGGAGGUAAAUCUGGAGCCCGACGGAAGUCUGCUGGAGCCAAAACUGACAAAGUCAACCUGAUUGAUCUGAAGAGGGCCUACAACACUGAAAUUAUGCUCACAAAAAUUAAGAUGCCACUCUCUGACAUGACGGCUGCAGUAUUAGCAAUGGAUGAGUCAAUUUUAGAUGCUGAUCAGGUGGAAAAUCUUAUAAAAUUUUGCCCCACUAAAGAAGAAAUGGAGCUUCUUAAGGGUUACACUGGUGACAAGGAGAAGUUGGGGAAAUGCGAACAGUAUUUUCUUGAGCUGAUGAAGGUUCCUCGGGUGGAGUCUAAAUUGAGAGUGUUCCUCUUCAAGAUUCAGUAUAACUCUCAGAUUUCAGAUUUUAAGAAGAGUUUAAACACGGUGAACUCUGCAUGCGAAGAGGUGCGAAGUUCCCUCAAAUUGAAGGAAAUCAUGAAGAAAAUCUUAUAUCUGGGGAACACCUUAAAUCAAGGAACUGCAAGAGGUUCUGCAGUUGGAUUCAAGUUAGACAGUCUUUUAAAACUCACUGAUACACGUGCUUCUAACAGCAAGAUGACACUGAUGCAUUAUCUUUGCAAGGUCCUUGCCUCUAAAUCGCCAGCUCUUUUGGACUUCCAUGAAGAUCUUAUUAAUCUAGAAGCUGCAUCGAAGAUACAAUUGAAGUCCUUAGCAGAAGAGAUGCAAGCUAUUAUGAAAGGACUAGAAAAGGUAAAACAGGAGCUGGUUGCAUCUGAAAAUGAAGGUCAAGUCUCUGAAAUUUUUCAUAAGACAUUGAAGGAAUUCAUUUCUAUUGCUGAUACAGAAGUGUCAUCUGUGAUGAACUUGUACUCUAUUGUGGGUAGGAAUGCAGACACACUGGCCCUAUACUUUGGUGAGGAUCCUGCCCGUUGCCCACUUGAGCAAGUUACCGCAACCCUUUUAAACUUUGUGAGGUUGUUCCGGAGAGCACAUGAUGAGAAUUGUAAACAGGCUGAAUUGGAGAAAAGAAAAGCUGAGAAGGAGCUUGAAAUGGAGGAGGCAAGGGUAACUAAUCUAAUAAAGAAAAGUGGGAAAUAGCUGAGAUUGUUUGCUUUAAUCCCCUGCCAAGGGGAAUGUGGUUCUUGCAUCAGAGAUCUACUGGGUUGUUUACUGAAGAAUGUUGUCGGAAGAAACUUAUUGGCAAGGUGCUCCCCUCUUCAGUUAUGUUUUGCAAUGGCGUGACUCUUAAGUGGAUUCAAGAUAUAAUUAAUUGAAAGGGCUCCUUCCUGAGGGUGGCAGACCUUAAACUGCAUAUCCUUGAACGGCUCAGCUGCACCAGCGGGGGCCAAUGCCAGCUCAUCAACCCAGAUUGUUGGUGCUGCUAAUCUAAUCUCUUGGAAUUAAUGAUGAUAGUCCAGAUUUUCGCAAAUGAUCAAGUGAAAUCACUGCAGUUGUCUGAAAUGAGUACUCUGGUCUCUGGCCGAAUGCGAGAGAUUUUGAUAACGUUGGGUCCAUCCUUCAAUAUUGAAGGUGCUGCUCAUGGCUUUUGCCAUUCAUUUGGCAUUGCAGGACCAAACAAAGGCUCUCGGGACUGUAAAGCACAUACUCGCUCCACUGUAUCCUGGUCCGUGUACAAAGCUCUAACCUUGUACUCGCGUCAAUACAAUUCGUUUCACUGUAACAUAGAGGUAGGGAGGUAGGCUACAUUUUUUCCUCUCAGAUUGAGAUUUUGACAGGCUCAAAAUGAUGUAUAGAAAAGUCUUUUAAGGAAGACGAGAAGGCAAAGUAGGCAACAGAAUAUCUUGUAGAAGUAGGCCAAAUGUAACCGGGUCAUAGGCUGUUAGUUCGGGAACUGCUUGUAUCUUUCAACGGUUCUUUGUCUAAUUAAAGUAUUUCUCGUUUAUUUAA